CGCAGUUCUCCGGGAGUAGAGGCAGAACUCGGGAGCUGUCGGGUCGGCGGUGCCUCGCGGGCGCGAGCUCGGGGAGCAGCCACAUGGAAGAAAAGCAAAUCCUGUGCGUGGGGCUGGUGGUGCUGGACAUCAUCAGUGUGGUGGACAAGUAUCCGGAGGAGGAUUCCGACUCCAGGUGCUUGUCCCAGCGAUGGCAGCGUGGAGGCAACGCGUCAAACUCCUGUACCGUCCUGUCCCUGCUGGGAGCCCCCUGCGCCUUCAUGGGCUCGCUGGCCCCGGGCCACGUUGCCGACUUCCUGGUGGCUGACUUCAGGCGGCGGGGCGUGGAUGUGUCUCAGGUGGCCUGGCAGAGCAGGGGGGAGACCCCGUGCUCUUGCUGCAUCGUCAACAACUCCAAUGGCUCCCGCACCAUUGUGCUCUACGACACGAACCUGCCUGAUGUGUCUGCUACUGACUUUGAGAAGGUUGAUCUGAAUCGAUUCAAGUGGAUCCACAUUGAGGGCCGGAAUGCAUCAGAGCAGGUGAAGAUGCUGCAGCGGAUAGACCGGCACAAUGCCCAGCAGCCUCCGGAGCGCAAGAUCCGGGUGUCUGUGGAGGUGGAAAAGCCCCGAGAGGAGCUGUUCCAGCUGUUUGGUUAUGGAGACCUGGUGUUUGUCAGCAAAGAUGUGGCCAAGCAUUUGGGGUUCCAGUCAUCAGUGGAGGCCCUGAGGGGCUUGUACGGCCGUGUGAGGAAAGGGGCCACCCUUGUCUGUGCCUGGGCGGAGCUGGGCGCCGACGCCCUGGGCCCGGAUGGGAAGCUGCUUCACUCGGAUGCGUUCCCGCCACCCCGGGUAGUGGACACUCUGGGCGCUGGAGACACCUUCAAUGCCUCGGUCAUCUUCAGCCUGUCGCAGGGGAAGACAGUGCAGGAAGCCCUGCGGUUUGGCUGCCAGGUGGCCGGCAAGAAGUGUGGCCUGCAAGGCUACGAUGGCAUCGUGUGAGCCCCGCGGUGAGGGCGCCAGCUCACAUCCCCGGGGCCACCGCAGCCGCAGAGGCUGGCAUCACUGGCUUCCUGGCUGCUUCCCCUCCUUCCAUCUGGAAGGGCCCUGCGCCCUGGGCAGAUGCAGGCUGGGGGAGGGUCACCCGUGUCCUGGCAUCUCAUGCUGCUGAGCAAAUAAACCUCUUUGCCCUGAGCCAGCUUCCUUUGGCAGUCUGCUUGUUCUCCAGGCCCAAACUGCUCUGGCUGGGGAUUCCUGAGGCUUUUGACACCACAGUUCUUCCCUCUUUUUCUCGAUUCCUGAGUCCUCCGAUUCACUCCCCACCCAGGCUCAGAGGAGGGGCUGCUUUCCCCCAGCCUCCUGCCCUGCUCUUCCGGGGGAAGAGGGGCCUGGGGGAAGGGCAGACAGCAUUCCUGGUUGGGGGUGACACUUAACUCCUUGCAUACCCUGGGGAAAUGGCUAAAUGCUAAAUAACCACA